CCGCCCCGAUAGAGGGCCAGCCCUGUGGCCGAGCACAACCGGGAGUGCGACUGCUAGGCCAGGCGACAGCGCUGCCUCCCAGAGCGCAGCAUGACGGCCAUCGGCGCGCAGGCCCACAAGCUGUUGGGCCCUAAGAGGCCCCACCGGUUUUUCUUUGAGUCCUUCAUCCGGACACUCAUCAUCGUGUGCACUGCCCUGGCUGUGGUCCUUUCUUCAGUCUCCAUCUGCGACGGCCACUGGCUCCUAGUGGAGGACCGUCUCUUUGGGCUGUGGUACUUCUGCACCAUCGGCAACCACAGUGAACCACACUGUCUGAGAGACCUGAGCCAGGCCCAUGUGCCUGGGCUGGCUGUAGGCAUGGGCCUAGCACGCAGCGUGGCUGCCAUGGCUGUGGUGACCGCCAUCUUUGGCUUGGAGAUGCUCAUCGUGUCCCAGGUGUGUGAAGAUGUCCGCUCACGGCGCAAGUGGGCCAUCGGUUCCUACCUCCUCCUGGUCGCCUUCAUCCUGUCCUCUGGAGGUCUCCUUACCUUUAUCAUCCUCCUCAAGAGUCAGCUCACCCUCCUGGGCUUCACCCUGAUGUUCUGGUGUGAAUUCACCGCCUCCUUCCUCUUCUUCCUCAACGCCAUGAGCGGCCUUCACAUCAACAACCUCACUCAGUCCUGGGACCCUCCAGCAGGGACCCUGGCUUACAGAAAGCGAGGUCGUGAUGGGACUUCUCUGAUAUAGGACCUCUGACUGGGACUGAAUGGGAUAACCAGUGACCUUGACGCUGCCUCUUAGGUACUUAGCUCUAGAAACGCCCUGGGAGUCUCUUCCGCUGACCUCCAGGGCAAAGCCAGAAGAGUACCACGGCACAGUGCGCUGGAUAGGUUAGCCAAACUAUUAAAGUCUCAAUUCUAAA